AUGGACUCUUUUGAGUAUAACGAAAGUCCGAGCCGUAUCGUCUUCGGGAACGGUAGCCUGAAAAAGGUCAUAAACGAGCUGGAUCAGCUUAGUUUGUCGAAGCCUCUAGUUCUGUCCACCCCGAAUCAAAUCGAUCACGCCCAACAGCUCGUGGAUAUCCUCCAAGGAAAGGCGGUUGGGAUAUUUACAGAGGCCACGAUGCAUACUCCAGCAGCAGUAACCGACAAGGCUAUCGAUUACGCAAAGUCUCGAGGCGCUGACUGUGUGGUCUCUAUUGGAGGGGGCAGCACAAUUGGGUUGGGAAAGGCCAUCAGCUUGGCUCUGCGGAACGUGUCUGGGCAGCGCGGCAGCUUCAAUCUGUCUCAUGCCGAAACACACACCGCACUCUUACCUCACGCCCUUUCCUACAACGCGCUCAAGGUGCCCGAAGCAAUGAGGAGGCUGGCCCUUGUUUUGCCAGGAAGCAAUGGUGACGCAAUUCACGGCUUGAAUGUGCUCCUGGCCAAGCUUCAAGUCAGCACAAGGCUCCGAGACUUGGGGAUGAAGGAGGAGGACAUUGACAGGGCCGCCGACAUCGCCACAAGCAACUCGUACUGGAACCCGAGAGAGAUUGAGAGAGGGCCAAUCCGUGAGCUGAUCCGACGAGCAUGGGCAGGGGAGCCGGCUCGGGCUGAUUUGGAGGGAAUUUGA